CUGAGCGGGCCCAGCACAGGGAGGGUGGGAGGUGCACAGGGGCCUGGAGGACCCUGACGGCCACCAUGAAGGCGUGCAGUGAGGCAGAUGUUGAGGGGCAGAUCCAGGAGCUGAAGACAAUCACUCGGCUCCAGGAGCAAUGCCGGGCACUGCAGAUCCAGGCGGUAAAGGAGAAGACGGCCAAGAACAAAGCCACGCUGGCUCUCCUCCGCAGCAACAUCCGCCAAGGGGCCCAGGACUGGGCUUUGGCCAAGAAGUAUGACCAGCGGACCAUCUCCAAGGCCUGCGGGAAGGACACGACCAUGAGGCUGGGGCACUGUCGCUGCUCCAUGGAGGUGGCGCGCGAGAAGCUGCGAAAGUACGUCUUCGACCGCGUGAACGUGCACAACGUGCUGAUCCACCUGGUGCGGCGGCGGGGUGAGAAGCUGCAGAGCAUGCGGCUGCAGCUGGCCGGUUUGCAGCGCCAGCCCGACGCCACCAAGGAGGAGCAGCGCCAGCGGCAGGUCAUCCGCCAGCUGGAGAACAACAUUGAAAAGACCAUGGUCAAGAUCACCACGAGUCAGAACAUCUACCUGCUGUACGUGGACCUGCUGGAUUAUCUGAAGAAAAAACUGGCAGGCUACCCCAUGGGGCUGGACAAGCUGCAGAAUCUCGUGGGUGACUACUGCUCGGAACUGUCAGACAUGACAGUCAUGUCCCAGGACGCCAUGAUGAUUACGGACGAGGUCAAGAUGAACAUGAGGCAAGGGGAGGCGACUUUCAUCGAGGAACGCAGGGCACGGGAGAACCGGCUCAAUCAGCAGAAGAAGCUGAUCGACAAGAUCCACACGAAGGAGACCAAUGAGAAGUACCGCAGGGGCCGGCGGGACUUGGACUUCUCCUCCAAUAUGAUGACUACAGAAACCGUGAAAGUGAGGAGAAGAGAGGCCUCCAAGUCUGAUAUCGAAUACGAGACAGACGUGACUGCUUCAGUGGAGAAAGUGAAGACGGCUGUGCGAUGCUCCUAUCUCUGGGACAUCGCUGGCCGCCUCCUGGCACAGAGGAACACGGAGGAGAACCUGGGGCUGCAGAUGGAGGACUGUGAGCAGCGGCGGGCGCAGCUCGAGGCCCUGAUGAAGAAGCUGGAAACGGAGGAGGCAGUGCUCAAGUUCCGCCAGGCGCCCGGCUCCGUCAGCUUCAAGUCUGUUGAGAAGAAGAUGAAGGACAUGCUGAGAGAGGAGGAAGAAAGGCUCCGGCUGGCCUACUCCAACAUGACCAAGAGCCAGAAGCUGCUGCUGACCAUCCAGACGGGCAUUGACAACCUCUAUGUCCGGCUGAUUGGCAUUGCCCUGCCCACGGCCCAGAGAGAAGUGGUGCUCUCCGAGCCCCCUGACGCGCUCAGCAAGCUGGCCGACUGCGAGGGGAAGCUCGUGUACCUGGCCGACAGUCUGCGGAUGCUGUCCAGGACUGAGGAGGUGAACACAAAGCUGAGGGAUACUCUGGAGUCCUCGACUCUGAAGGAGAAGCAGAACACGCGGAUCAGCUUUGAGGAGCUGGAGGAUGAUGUGAUAGAAACCUUCCAGUUCGCAGACGUGGACCACAGCUACGUCCCCUCGCGGGCCGAGAUCAAGGGGCAGGCCCAGCGGCUGAUCGAGGGGAGGCUCAAGGUGGCCAAGAAAAAGAAGAAGUAAGCUGGAGGAGGAGCCCC